AUGAAUUUAUCGCAGAUCCGGAUUCCUGCGCGGCGCAUUGCCAAUGCAGCUUCAACCAGCAGAGCACUUCGUCUCUAUGGGCCGACCCUCAACACCGCAGCUCUUCGAAGGAGUGCCAAUCUUCCAGCACGAAACUUGUCGCCGGUAGUGGUUUUAAGAACAUAUGGUAAUGGCCGACCACAUCCUCCAGGAGGGACCCAUCGCAUGGAUUUGGGAGGAGGUGGCGAGGAGAAGUCCGCGCUGGAAACAUACGGCGUUGAUUUGACGGCCCGGGCGAAGGCUGGGAAGCUCGAUCCAGUCAUUGGAAGGGAUUCAGAGAUACACCGAACCAUUCAAGUUCUGUCAAGACGCACAAAGAACAACCCGGUUCUCAUUGGAUCUGCCGGGACGGGAAAGACAGCCAUACUUGAAGGUUUGGCACAGCGAAUCAUUCGAGGUGAUGUGCCAGAGAGCAUCAAAGAGAAGAGAGUCAUCUCGCUGGAUCUUGGACAACUGAUUGCCGGCGCGAAGUUUCGUGGCGAUUUCGAAGAACGCCUGAAGAAGGUACUGAGUGAAGUGCAAGAGGCUCAUGGCGGAGUAAUAUUGUUCGUUGACGAGCUUCAUACUCUUCUCGGGCUUGGAAAGUCUGAGGGCAGCAUAGAUGCUAGCAACCUCUUGAAACCUGCUCUUUCAAGAGGAGAGCUUCAAUGCUGUGGUGCAACUACUCUAAAUGAGUACCGCAGCAUAGAAAAGGAUGUUGCCUUAGCCAGGCGCUUCCAACCCAUUCAAGUCGACGAGCCAAAUAUUCAAGACACCAUCAGUAUAUUGCGAGGUAUAAAAUCAAAAUAUGAGGUUCAUCAUGGUGUAAGAAUAACAGAUGGGGCACUUGUCGCAGCAGCAACUUAUAGCAAUCGCUACAUUACAGAUCGCUUCUUACCAGACAAAGCUAUUGACCUGAUGGACGAAGCCGCCAGCGCACUCCGCCUGCAGCAAGAAAGCAAACCAGAAGACAUAAUGCGUCUCGACCAACGAGUUAUGACCCUUCAAAUUGAGCUCGAGAGUCUCCGGAAAGAAACAGACGUUGCCAGCCGAGAACGUCGAGAAAAGCUUCAAGCAACGCUCAAAGAAUGCCAGGAAGAGACAGCAAAGCUUACAGAAAAAUGGGAGAAAGAACGUGCAGAAAUUGAUCAGGUCAAGAAGGUCAAGGAAGACUUAGAAAAGGCUCGCGUUGAGUUGGAUCAAGCUCAACGGGAGAAUAACUUUGGCCGUGCUGGAGAACUUCGAUACUCGGUCAUCCCAGCACUCGAAGCCAAGCUUCCCACGGAUGGAGAGUCCGCUACAGAAUCCAGCGAUGGCACCCUGAUCCACGAAUCAGUGACCGCGGACGAUAUUGCGGCAGUCGUAUCUCGAGUGACAGGUAUACCAGUGUCCAAACUAACUUCAGGCCAUGCGGAAAAGCUCAUUCACAUGGAAGACUCCUUACGGGAGUCCGUCCGCGGCCAAGACGAAGCUCUCAAGGCCGUCGCUAACGCCGUACGCAUGCAACGUGCUGGGCUGAACGGAGAGAACAGACCUCUGGCAUCGUUCUUCUUCCUUGGUCCCACAGGAGUGGGGAAGACAGAACUUUGCAAGAAGCUAGCCAACUUUUUGUUCUCUACCGAGUCGGCUGUGGUCCGUUUCGAUAUGAGCGAGUUCCAGGAGAAACACACGAUUUCCAGGCUCAUUGGCAGUCCUGCAGGAUACGUUGGCUACGAUGAUGCUGGACAGCUCACUGAAGCCGUUCGACGCAAGCCUUACGCUGUGCUCUUGUUCGACGAAUUCGAAAAAGCCCACCGAGACAUCUCGGCAUUGCUAUUACAGGUUCUAGACGAAGGCUUCCUGACCGAUGCCCAAGGCCAUAAAAUCGACUUUCGAAACACGCUGAUAGUUUUCACAUCGAAUCUUGGUGCCGAUAUAUUGGUAGGAAAUAAUGCGCUCCAUCCGUACCACGAGGAGCCGAACGGAGAUAUCGCACCUGAAGUCCGCAAUGCAGUUAUGGAUGUCGUUAAUAACAACUACGCUCCAGAAUUUCUCAACCGCAUUGAUGAGUUCAUCAUUUUCAAGCGGCUCUCCACCACUGCUCUCCGCGAUAUCGUUGAUAUCCGCCUCAAAGAACUACAAGUCCGCCUCGACGAUCGCCGCAUAAACCUUUCCGUCGAUGACACAGUACGGGACUGGCUUGCAGAGCGCGGCUACGAUCCCAGAUUCGGUGCGAGACCGCUAAAUAGAUUGAUUAGUAAGGAGAUUGGGAAUAGGAUGGCAGAUAAGAUCAUUAGGGGUGAGUUGAAGAUGGGUGAUACGGCGAUUGUAAAAGUAAAUGGGGAGAAAGAUGGAUUGGAAAUCAGUGUAUAA